AUUUUUUGCUACUGCUUUUAUCUUUGCUUCUUUUUCCUUAUGGAAUUGACAUUGUGCCAUCCAAACACAAGCAACAUGACUCAAACUACCUCUGACCAUGGCGCGUUGCACUACAUUGAGCUGAUCAAGUCGAACCUUCACGUCGUCUACGGCACCGAAUGCUUGCUCGAGGUCCUCUCCCAGGUCCAGCCCCCCGACGAGUGGAGAGUCAGCAUCCUCAAGUCCGAGGGCGGCGACCGCUCCGUCACCUAUUGCGAGACGGGCGACGGGCUCUUCAACGUGCUGGAGAAGGCCCACCGCAAGUCGGCUGAGAUGCUGAGCAAGUUCUUGUCUGAGAAUUCGGACGAUCCCGCUGCGUACGUGAGUCGCAAGAAGGCGGACACGAAGGCGAAGGCGAAGGCGAAGCCCGCCCCGGCUGUGCCUGAAAAGGAGAAGACGAAGGAGACUAAGAAGGAGACGCCCGAGGGCAAUAAUCUACUUUCUGAAGUGAUUGCUGCCGCUCUUGGGCCGACGCCUGCUGGCACGAGCUUGUUGAGCUUGAUGGGUUAUGAUCCGGAAUCUGACUUUAUGCAACAAAUGGCCAACUAUGAGAAGAAUUACAUGAUGCCGGGCUUCAUGCCGGGCUUCAUGCCGGGCCACAUGCCGGGCUACAUGCCGGGCUACAUGCCGGGCUACUUGUAUGCCAGCGACCCGACUCAAGAGACUGUCUCCAUCGACAGCGAUAGCAGCCUUCGCUCGAGAAGCAUCGUUUGCCCUAACUACGGACCAGCGAGUGCCUUCUAUCGCGUAACUCCUUCGUAUGGCUUGGAGCGCAUGAAUAAUGAGUUCGAGUCCACCAACGGCUCGAAGGCAGCAGAGAAGAAUAAGCCUGAACCUGUCAAACCGGCUCUGACUCCUGUUGCUGCUCUUGUUGCUACUCCUGUUGCUGCUCUUACUCCUGCUGCUCCUACUCCUGCUGCUCCUGCUCCUUCUACUCCUGCUGUUCCUGCUCCUUCUACUGAAGCAGUCAAGACUCAGGCUCGGGGCAAGGAUAAGGGCAAGGAGAAGGCUCAGUCGGAGGGCCCCAGCGACAUUGUCCGCAUGCAGAUGGAAAACCAAAAGGGCAGGCGUCACGUUCCUCCUUCAUCGGCCUUCAGGAGCGUGCUCUUGUUUAUUCGAUGGCCCGGCUAUGGCGAGACGGUGGUGGCCGACGAGUGCCAGCUCAGCAUGCGAGCGGUGCAGAGCCGCGUGAGGCACAUGCUGCGAACUCACGGCGCAGGUCUGUUUGGCGACAAGACAGCCAUCCCGCCGGCCCCGUUUACGGCUGAUGGGCUGGCCAAGUUCACUGUGACUGUCAAGACCUUGACUGUUAAUGACCAGGUGGUUGUUCUGGGCCCCAGCUUUGGAGACGACAUUGCGGUGGUCGCCAAUGGCUCGGACAAGUCCAAGGCUAUCAAGAUUGAGAUUGAGCUGACUUGGAACGCUCAGAGUUUCGCUGAUCUGGUGAACAUGCGGACUGCCGGCCUCUGAGUGAGUCUUGGGGAAGCUUGCCACGUUACAUGUUGGUAUUGUCUCUAGAGCGUGAGAAUCGAGUCAAGUGGUAGAUUGGUAUAGGUGGAGGAAACGCAGUCAUGAUUGGAUACGUGUAUGCAGCUCAGGAGGAGCAGAGAAUUAUUGGCGAGAGGAUAUUCUUUGAAUAUUGCGCCUCUGAUGACAGUUCUCUGCUCUGCCAUGCGGGUUCUUUCUAGUGUGUUGGCUAUGGGCACGGGGGUUUUACGAAGUGCGCCGGUUACCUUUCUUAGGAGAUGACAAUUGACUGUGU